AUGCCUCCUGUCCCUUCAUUCACUCUUGCCCGUACGGGUGACAAAAUUCCAGCAAUUGCGUUCGGCAGUGGUACCAAGCACCAAAUCAAAAAGAAAGGAGACCCCAACACCAAGGACUCGAUCGACCAGUCGUUGGUUGAUGUUCUGACCUUUGCUCUAACCAAGGGCGGAUUCACCCAUCUGGAUACUGCCGAAGUUUACACAACCCGCGUGGAGAUCGGCCAAGCCAUCAAGGAUUCGAAAAUCCCACGUGACAAGCUCUGGGUUACCGACAAGUGGAACCAAGGCUGGGGAGAAAGAAGAUCCGAGUCGCCUUCUGGUCCGUACGAGUCGCUCACCAAGGGCCUCAAGCUGCUGGGAUUGGACUACGUGGACUUGUUUUUGAUCCAUGCUCCGUUUUUCGACGGUAAAGGCAGCGACGUCACUGUUGAAGAGGCCUGGAAACAGAUGGAGCAGCUCGUUGACGAAGGAAAGGCGAGAAACAUCGGAGUUUCCAACUUUGACGAGCCAAUUCUCAAAAAAAUCCUCGCCGUCAGCAAGUACAAGCCACAGGUCAACCAGAUCGAGCACCACGCCUACCUGCAAAACCAGUCUCCAGGAAUCGUCGACUUCUGUAAGAAGAACGAGAUCUUGGUGGAGGCAUUCUCCCCAUUGACCCCAAUUGUGCCAGCUAAGGUCAAAGAAGGUCCUCUGGAUCCUAUUCUGGCCGAGCUGUCGUCCAAAUACGGAGUCAACAGCGGACUUAUUCUGCUGAGAUGGGUGUACCAGAACGGAAUUCUGCCAAUCACCACCUCUACCAACAAAGAGAGACUUGUUGAAACCGUCAAGGUCUGGGACUUUGAGCUGGAACCUGCUGACGUUGAGAAGAUCACCACUGCUUCUAAGGACUUCCACUUCCGUGGCUUCUUCAAGGACUACUUCGAGAAGGACAAAUAG